AUGCACCGCAUCUCGCUCGGCCUGCCCGCCUCCUCACUGGACCUGACGGCCAUCUCCAACACCGGGUACCUGGCCGAGGACCUCGGCAAGACGGCCGAAGUGGCGCGAAGCCUCGGAAGCGACACGAUCUGCAAGGCCGAAGUGCUUGCGCUCCUGGGCGCCGCCAUCGGCGGGCGCAUGGCCACGACGUGCAACAGCCACAUCGUCAUAGGCAUGCGAACUAAGCCGACGAUGCAGCCACGAAGGCGACCUCAUACAAUGCGGCGCUCAAGGCGACAAAGUCCCACAACCGGAGGCCAAGCAGUUGUGUGCGACGGCCUCGUGUGCAAGCUUGCGGCGUUUGAUGAUGAGCUCGAGGACCUCGACGUGACGCGCUCGCUGUCGCACUACCCGCUCGACUCGCUGGUCGCGAUUGAGAUCCGCAAUUUCAAUAGAUCGUAUACAUUCCUUGUUGAAUCUUCGCCUUCGUUGCCCGGAUGGCGUAUAAUGUCUGUACCCACACCUCUUAUCAAUCGCGAGCACAACAUUCAAGCUGACCAUGGCGAUACCAAAGAACGGCUCUCCGCUUCCACUGAUACGCAGAUUGGCCCGUACUCCUCACAUUCCUCGCUUCCUGUCCUCACCGCCAUCACGAUGAAUGGCAGCCAAUCCGAGGCGGAAUCACGCGAUAAUGCUUCCGCACACGAGGCGCUGUUACCGCCGGAUAGAGAAGCAUCGCAGUACGGGACGCUCGAAAACGCUCAAGAUCAUGUCCUGAGUCAUUCACUCGUGAAUGGCGACAUUGUCACCGAUACCGAGGAUCACAGCCUAAAGCGCGGACUCGGCCAGCGUCAUCUGUCAAUGCUAGGCAUCGCUGGUGCGAUUGGAACCGGUCUCUUCCUGGGCCUUGGCGGUGCUGUGCAGAAGGGAGGUCCAUUGGGCGCCCUACUCGGGUAUGCGACAAUCGGGCUGGUUGUGUGCGCCGUCCAGUUCGCUCUCGGCGAGGUCUCGGCCCUGCUCCCCGUGACAGGCAGCUUCGUACGCCAUGCUGAGUUUCUGGUCGACCCGGCUCUGGGCUUUGCCGUCGGGUGGAAUCUGGUCUAUGGCAACAUUCUUGCAAUCCCGUCCGAAAUCACAGCCAUAUGCGUCCUCUUCCAAUUCUGGACCGACCUGAACCCGACCGUUUUCAUUCUCAUCUCCAUCGUGUUGACGGUGACCGUCGGCGUCGCCUUUGUCCGUGUCUUUGGAGAAGUCGAGUUCAUCUUUGCGUUACUAAAGAUCUUUCUCGUCUUCUUUUUGAUCAUUCUGGGGCUCAUGAUCGACCUGGGUGGUGUUCCGGGCACUCCACGCAUUGGGUUUGCGUACUGGCGCAAUCCGGGACCCUUCGUGGAGAACAUUGCUACCGGUGACUGGGGGCGGUUUCUAGGCUACUGGAGCGUCAUGACCAGCGCCGUCUUCUCUUUUGCAGGUGUUGAGUCCCUUGCAAUGGCUGCCGCCGAGACUCAUAAUCCUCAACAAGCCAUACCAGCCGCGUGCAAACGCGUGUUCAUCCGCAUCGUCAUUUUCUACAUGUUGGCGAUAUUGGUCGUGGGCAUGCUAGUAGCGAGCAACGACCCACGACUCAAUGAUUCGUCGGGAUCAGCUGCGCAGAGUCCCUUCGUUAUCGCGGCCUCUGCUGCCGGAAUCCCGGUUAUCCCAACUAUUGUCAAUGCCGUUGUGAUAACGUCAGCAUGGUCUGCAUCCAACCAAAGCUUGCUUGCCGGCACUCGCGUGCUGUACGGCCUAGCGCUGAAGGGGCAAGCUCCCAAGAUCUUCCUUCGAACAACAUCGUGGGGCACACCGUAUAUGUGUGUGCUUCUCUUUGCAGCCUUUAUGUUUCUCAGCUUCAUGAGCCUGUCCAAUGAAGCACUCACUGUGUUCUGGUGGCUGGUGAGACUUACAGCUGCGGGCGUAUUGGUAUCGUGGUCCGUCAUCUUGUUGAACCAUGUACGACUGAGGCUGGCAAUGAAGGAGCAAGGGAUAUCAGAAGCCCGGCUUCCAUGGCAUAACUGGUGGACAUUGUACAGCUCGUACGCCGGACUCUUCAUGUGCAUAGUCAUACUGCUUACUGGAGGUUUCGAAGUCUUCACCGAAGGAAACUGGGAUUCCAGAACAUUCGUAUCAUCGUACCUAGACAUCCCUCUCGUGCUCGCUGCCUACUUCACGUGGAAGUUUGUCAAGAAGACCAAGGUUACAACACUGUCUAGCAUACCUCUCGACGAGGCGUUUGAACAAGCUGAUCAGCUUUUGGACACCCCAAGCAACAAAGCUCAAGGCUGGACACGGGUUGUCAGCUGGGUAUGGGAAUGA